UUCACCAUCGAAAAUAAUAUAAUCAAGGGUGUUGAGAAGAUUUAUAAUAUAAAGGAAAAAUCUGUUGGGAAAAUCAUUUUAAAUUCAUUUAAUAGUAAUCUAAAUCAUGUUUCACAGAUCGAGGCUGAAACAGGUAAGCAUACUACAUAUGCAGAAAUGAAAGAAAAUUCUAUUCGUUGUGCAUUGUGGCUGCAAAAACAGGGUAUUAAAAGUGGUGAUAUAAUUGUACUUUGUACGAAUAAUCACUUGAACAGUUACAUUCCGUUUGUCGCAACUUAUUUUGUUGGCGCAGUUCUGAAUCCUUGGUAUCACGAGCAAACAAUACAGAGCGCCCGACAUUUUAUGAAAUUAACUAAACCGAAAGUUAUAUUUACUAUUAACGCCAUUGUCGAUGUCCUUAAAGAAGCUGCAAAAUUAGAAAAUGUUAGCGUUACAUUUAUUAUAUUUGAUAAUAAUUCGGGAUAUGAAUCUUUAAAGAAUAUAAUGGCAAUGCAGAGGGACGAUGAAGUUAACAAUUUUCAGAUAAAAGAAGUAGAUAAUCCAAAGGACUUUGCCCUAAUAAUGUUCUCAUCCGGGACGACUGGACUACCUAAGGCCGUUGUGCAUUCGUAUAGAUCCCUUUUAAAUAAUUUAUCUAAAUAUUUAGGUUCUACAGAAUCCAAUAUAAUAUUUUUAUGCUACGCGUCAAUUUAUUGGGUUAGUGGUACAUUAGCCACAUUUCAAAUACUAACGACACGUGCAACUAGAAUUUUCCAUAAUAAAUUUGAUCCGGACGAAACGUGCAAGUGCAUACAAAAAUUCAAGGUUAGUGCUAUGUUAUUAAAUACCGGAGUAAUAAGUUAUCUCUGUAAAUCAAAUGUUCUCACGAAAUAUGACCUGAGCUCGAUCGAAUCGAUUAUCAUUGGAGGUUCAAAAUUAAGUUUAGAAAUUGGUGAAGAAUUUAAUAAAAACUUCCACAUACCUUUAACUCAAGUAUAUGGUAUGACUGAAAUAGGAUCGGCUGCCUUAAUACAAACACGCGAGGGAAAACACGUCGACUCGGUUGGUUUUGUUGUACCGAAUGUGCAGUUGAAAAUUAUUGAUUUGAUAAGUAAGGAGCCACUCGGACCCAAUAAACAUGGCGAACUUUAUAUUAAAACAUCUGCAACAAUGAUGGAUGGUUAUUAUAAUAAUGAGAAGGAAACCAAAGAAACUCUUGACGAUGAAGGAUGGUUACGUACAGGAGACAUAGCUUAUUAUUCCGAAAUUGGUGAAUUUUUUAUUGUCGAUAGAAUCAAGGAAAUAAUAAAAAUACAUGGACACCAUGUUUCGCCCAUUGAAAUAGAAAGUUUGCUUCUUAGUCAUCCGGCUGUGCUGGAAGUUGCAGUUGUUCCUGUUCCCCAUAAAAUGGAGAUAGAACGGGCAAUGGCUUUUAUUAAAAAAACACCUGGAUUUGAGGUAACGGAAGAGGAACUCGUGAAAAUGACGUCUCAAUUAGGCGAUUUUAAAACAAUUAAAGGAGGUAUAAAAUUCUUAGAUGACAUGCCAUACACUUCGUCGGGAAAAAUUGAUAGAAAAAAGAUCAAAGAAAUGGCAAAAGCUUAUGCAUUAUGACGUUGAUGUUAUUAUAAUUGUCUGCGAAAAUUCAAUUUGUUCUAUUAAUAUUAACGAAAAUCUUUUAGAUAUAGUUAAGUAGAAAGUUAAUACAUUGCAUUAAUU